UUUAUUUUUAGAUUUUACGAAAAAAGAAAAAAAAAUAUUUGUGUUCAUGGUGGGGAGAAAGUGUUCGCCAUUUUUCCCUUCCAGCCGACCUGCCGACCACACACCGACACAUUAUUUAAGAUUAAUUUACAUGUUAGCGGGACGUGUAGAGGCGGCGUACGACCCCCUGAAUCUCAAUUGAUAGACGGAACCAUUAUCCAUUCGGACAGCAAAACAAAAUCGAAAAUCGUGUCAACAAAUCGUGUUAAAUCGAAAUCCAAUCAAGGUUUUCCGUCCACAAUGGCAGACGGUGAACCGUUAAGUAUAGACAGCAUAAUCGCACGACUAUUAGAAGUAAGAGGAUGUCGUCCUGGUAAAACAGUACAAAUGUCUGAAGCAGAAGUCCGAGGAUUGUGUUUGAAAUCUAGAGAAAUAUUUUUACAACAACCAAUUUUAUUAGAUUUAGAAGCACCUUUAAAAAUAUGUGGAGAUAUACAUGGACAGUAUACUGACUUGUUGCGUUUAUUUGAGUAUGGAGGCUUUCCUCCAGAAGCAAACUAUUUAUUUUUGGGAGAUUAUGUUGAUCGUGGAAAACAGUCCUUGGAAACUAUAUGCCUUUUACUAGCAUACAAAAUAAAAUAUCCAGAAAACUUUUUUCUCUUACGAGGAAAUCAUGAAUGUGCCAGCAUAAACAGGAUCUAUGGAUUUUAUGAUGAAUGUAAAAGACGUUACAAUAUAAAAUUGUGGAAAACAUUUACUGAUUGUUUUAAUUGUUUACCUAUUGCGGCUAUUAUUGAUGAGAAAAUAUUCUGUUGUCAUGGUGGACUUAGUCCUGAUUUACAAGGAAUGGAACAAAUUCGCCGUAUUAUGCGUCCAACUGAUGUCCCAGAUACUGGUUUAUUAUGUGAUUUAUUGUGGUCUGAUCCGGACAAAGAUGUAACUGGUUGGGGGGAAAAUGAUAGAGGUGUUUCUUUCACUUUUGGUACAGAUGUCGUUGCAAAAUUUUUAAAUAGGCAUGACUUAGAUCUCAUAUGUAGAGCACAUCAGGUUGUAGAAGAUGGUUAUGAAUUUUUUGCUAAAAGGCAAUUGGUUACAUUGUUUUCUGCUCCAAACUAUUGUGGGGAAUUUGAUAACGCAGGUGGAAUGAUGUCUGUUGAUGCAACACUAAUGUGUUCAUUUCAAAUUUUGAAACCAUCUGAAAAGAAAGCGAAGUAUCAAUAUUCAGGAUUAAACUCGGGAAGACCGGCUAGUAAUACAACUGCUGUGAAAAAGAAAUAAAUCAUAUUUAAUUGAAUAUUGAUUAUAAACAACUAAACAAUGUUGUUCAUAAUCUAAUAACUCUGUGCUUGAAUAAUUUUAUUUUAAAAAUCUGGACUUUCUAUAUAAUAACAAAUAAUGUUAUACAUAUAUAUAUAUAUAUAUAUAUAUGUGUGUGUGUGUAUAUUAUAUAUAAAUGUGUAUGUGUGUAUGUAUGUAUGUGCGUGUAUAAAAAAAAAUAUCUUUAACAAUCAUUUAAUGAUGGUUACUUGUGACCUAAAUUAUAUUAAGUCCUAAGUAUUGAUCCAUUAUUUGAUUUAAUUUUAUGUACUUUGUAUAUAGAUAAUAACCAUUUUAUUUAGUUAACAAAUAUGAUAUAUGUGUAGGCAUAGAUUAUAAUUAAGGUGUAGCCUCGUUUGUGUUAUAAAAUAUAUAUAUGUAUAAAUAUAUAUAUAUAUAUAUAUAAUGUAUUAACAUUAUUGUUAUUGAUUAUUCUUAUUAAAAUAUAUUGUCAUUACUAAUUUAAAUGUAGAAAAAAAUUACCAGUACCAUAAUGUUUAAAUAAAUUAACUAUUUACACAUUUUUUUAUUAUUAAUUCAAAUUUUAUUUUCAAAUAUUACAGAUCUCUUAUUGUAACCAUUCUUAAAGUUGUUCAUAUUAGUACAUCUUAGAAAAUAGCAAUCUAUAGAAAAUUACUCAAAUUGAUAUUAUGUUAAAUAUAGAAUGAAGUGAGUUUAUUUUUACUACAAUACUAUGGAUAAAUUGAUUUGAUACCUGAUUUUUAAUUUUCAUAAUAGUUGUACAGCUAAAAAAUUCAGAUAUGUGGGUAUCAAAUUAAUAAUUGAUAUAUAAACAUAACAAUAUCCUCAGAAUAAUAAUUCUAAGACUUAAAUUUGUGUAAAUUAAUAAAAUAAAUAAAAACUUAAAAGACUUCAAAGCCACAUUUUUUUCAUAGAUCUGUUAUAGUUUAAAACGAUAAGAUAAUAAUAAUAGAAUGUUAUGGUUAAUGUAUAUUUUUUCAGUGAAUAGAAUAACUAAUUAUCAUAUAAUAAGAGUAACUUUGCUAUAAUAUUUUUAAAAUUAUGUUAUUUAUAAUUAAUUUAUUUAUUGCUCUACAAUAUUUGAACGAAUAUUUUAUAAAACAUUUACUAUCAAAAAAAUUGUAUUUUUUAUUUAUAUGAAAUAGUAUUGCAUUCAUUAUAUACUUAAAAAUAAUAAAUGUGAAAGAUAUCAUUUGAUAUCUAUAGUAAAAUAAAGUAUCUCUUAUACCAAAUUACUCAUAAUAGUUAUCUAAGGACUACCAUAUUAUUUUUAAAUUACAAAUAUAUACUGUAUAAAAUAAAUAUUGUAUGAUAUCUAAUUUAUAAAAUACAUUUGUCCAUUAGUAAUGACUAAAUAUAAUGAUUAAUAAAGUACUAAAUAUUAAAAUAUUAUCCAUAUAAAUUUUAUGUAUAACCGUAUAAUUAUUAUAUUUUAUUAUACAGAAACACGGUGAUUGCAUGAAUCAGUCAGUAUCUCUAACAUAUAAUUAUUUAAAUGUUUUAAUAUUCUCUUUAAAAAAAAAGAAAGUAGCUUAAAGAAUCAUUAUUUUUAAUCAAUUCUUCAUACAAUUUUGUGUUAAAUUAAUUAUUGGUAAACUUUUUUAAAUUAAAAAUUAAUGCAAUCCAAGCAUUUUAUAGAGGAAUUUGAAAAUUUUAAAGACAGAUUUAUAAUUUUACCAACUUUAUAAUAUUAUUUAAUACAUACAUAUUAUUAUUUUUAAAUUGAAUAAUCUCAAUUUCUGGUCAUUUUUUAUGAUAUUGGCUGAUUUGAGUUUUAAGAAUCACUAUUUAGUUAGAAUAAAAUUACAAAAUUAAAAAUUGUCAUAAGUGUAUUCUGGAUGAUAUUUAUUUUUUAUUGCACAUAAGCAUUGUGUUUCACUUGCACAGAAUCCCAAAAUUUAAAGCAAACCCUCAUGUCAAAAUGGUCUUGAAUUUUGGUAUUUUUUUUUUUGUAAAUAUUUUCAAAAUAU